AUGGAAUCCUGGAAGUCGAAAUCACUGGAGCACAUCAAUAUACAGUUCCGAAGCAUAAUGGAGGGAAUGGGGAUAGACGAGGAGAAGCAGCACAAGCUGGCGGCGAAGCUGAACCUGUCGAAGAAGAUCAGGACCAUCACAUCGAUGCAGACGCUGGACGAGAGGAAGAGGAAGAUUAGGGAGUAUGUGGUCAAGCUGAGAGACAGGAAUAGUGUGCUGAAUCUCCUGAGCCUAUCGGUCUCGCUGGAGAUUGGGCCCAAAGUUCUAUACGAGAUUUUCAGUGCCGAGGGAGGGCAUGAUGUGCUUGUGAAGUGCAUGAGGAGAAUGGACGAGGAGUUUAGCGAUGUGGUUUGUGACGCCCUGUACAUUGUGCUUUCGAAGUACGGGAACCACUUUCCGCUGUUCCUUCGGAUUCUGCUUGACGGGUUUCUUGCCGGAAAGAUCCACGAGACAAAGUCUUUCUUCAAGAUCCUUGAGUUUUUGGUGAACGAGAACAAGGCUGACGAGCUAUUUUUCAACAUUGAUUUCAACAGAUGCGUCUGCAAUACCUACCUGUCCAAGGUUAUCGAAUAUAUCCGGAAUCUUCCGAAGAUCGAUGAGGAGCUGAACUUUGUGGUGCCGCUCCUCAGGUCUCCCAAGUCUGUGCAUGUUAAGUACAUUCUAUUCGUGUCUGACUUUCCGCUGCUGGAGCAGAGGGUUAGCAAUAGAGAGGUCUUCGAGGAACUAGCCAGGGAGAUAAGGCCUGCUGCCUGUGCAGACUGGAGGAAGGACAGAAUCAACGAAGUGAUGAGGCUGGCUGAGAUAGAGGGUGUUCUUGAUGUUGCAUGCUGCGUUUUCGAGGCAUUUGUGUUUGGAGACAGGAAGGUGUUUGGGAGUCUUUUGGAGUCUAUGGAAAAGGUGGGGAUCUACGAGGAAAAGGACGACGGUGGCAAGGAGAAGGCAGUGGAGAUUGAAAGCAGAAAGGACGCAGCUAAGAAACCUGAGGCGAGCAAGGGGAGGGGGCCAAAGAAGAUCAUCAGGAAGACGGGAAAGAGCCAAACCCCGGCAAAGAGAUAUAUCCAAGUGAAGUGGACGAAGAUGGGGAAGGGGAACAGCGUGUGGAGCAAGAUAAAUAUGGAGGAGAUGGAAAGAGUCUUUAAGGCUGAGGAGUUUGAUGGAUUUGAAGUGAGGGGAGAAAAGCCGAGGGCAUCGAGUGCAGAAACAGAGAAGAGAAGGCCGAGCGUGUUUUCUGAGAAGAAGAACUAUGCGAUUAACAUUGCACUGGGUAGGGUGAAGGAAAGCAACUGCGACCUGAAGUCUGCGAUACUGGGGAUGGAGGAGAGGCUCAGUGAGAAUCUUGUGAAACAACUUCUUUUCUACUUCCCGACAGACGACGAGAUUGAGCAGCUGCAAAGCACGGACAGUGUGUUUGGAAGAGGAGAGGAGUUUUUCAAGGAGUGCAUCGAGGAUAUUGAGCUAAUGAAGAGAUGCCUUUACUACCUCUACUUUAUAAUAUCGUUCAGGAACCAGAAUGUCACCAAGACCCUUGAGACUCUAGAAAGAUACUACAGUAUGCUCUUAGAAAGCAAGGAGCUUCGGAGGUUUCUGGGAAUUGCACUGGCGGCUGGAAACCACCUGAACAAGGGAAGCUUCCUUGGCAACGCAGAAGGAUUUACGAUGGAGUCUAUCCCAAGGAUACUGGAGGUGAAGAGCAACGGGAGCAGCAUGGUGAGUCUACUGAGGAAGAAGAUUGACUGCGCUCAGCUGCUCAAGGACUUGAGUGUGGUCUACGACGCCAGCGGAGUGAACUUUGAAGGACUGUGCAUAGAGGUUGAGGAGCUCAAGAAGAACUACAUCAAUGCAAGCGGGUCGGCCUUCCCCCAGAUACAGGAAAAGAUGGAGAAGAUCCAGGAAAAGUACGAGGCCAUCUGUUCCCUUUAUGACAAGGUUACUAAGCUCCACAGAGACUGUAGGGAAUACUUUGGGGAGAAGAUUGACGACGGGUUCAGCAGCCGGAUAAUACUUCUUCUUGACAGGAUGGCACGUGAUGUGCAAAAGAAAUAG